AUGGAUCUGGUUGCUGGAGUCCGGAAAGAAGGCAGCCGCGGCGGCCGCAACGAGUUCAAAUGGUCCGAGGUCAAAGACUCGAGCCAUCGCGAAAACUACCUGGGCCAUUCAGUGAUGGCCCCGGUGGGUCGAUGGCAACAGGGACGUGACCUCCAAUGGUAUGCCAAGGGAGACGCAGAUGACGAGGAGGAACAGGCUCGCAAACAACGCGAAGAGCUCCAGCGAGUCAAAGACGCCGAGGAGGAAGCGAUGGCUCGUGCACUGGGGUUGCCUAUCCCUCCCAAAGCUGAAGAAAAUGCCAAUCUGACGCCACUGGGAGGGAAUGAAAAGGCCCCAGCUGCCCAAGAUAGGGGAGGCGAAGACCCCGUCGUGAGCGGAGCCGGAGCCCCAGCCGAAGCCCCCGCCGGCAGAGACGCACCGACCGCAGUGACGACCGCGGCCGAGACAGGGAGCGAAGACACCGCAGAGACCGGGACGAUCGCGAUCGCGAACGGGACCGCGAUCGAGAUCGGGAUCGUCAUCAUCGCAGCCAUCGAUACCGGUCUCGUGACAGAGAUCACGACAGGAGACGAUCUCACUCGCGUUCUCGAACCCAACAUGACCGCCCGGUGGAACCCCGACCUCGGCGAGUCGAGCGCAGUUACUCUCCAGCUGAACGUCGACGCGACCCUGACCGCCACAGAGACCGCGAUGACCGCGGUCGGCGAUAUUGAUUUACGACUUAUCUGA